UUUGGCUUCAAUGGCUGGUAACUCCACAGCAGCCACUGAGAGUUCUGAAAGACUCAGAAACUCAAUCAAGCCAAAGUGGGUCAGGUUCCCAAUCUCAUCAUUUUAAGUGCAUGUGUGCAUAUGUUAUAAGCUCAGAGAUCUGACAUUUUAUUAUUUUUUUUUUGUUUUGUUUUGUUUUGUUUAUAAAUCAUGUAAUAAGCCUGACAUCAAUUAUUCUCCUUUCCACCUUUAUAUCUGUUUCCUGCAAAUUUCCCCAUCCCAUGUUCCCCGGUACAUACACUUCUCGGGAGUUCUGUCCCUUAUUUUCUUCUCAAAAAGUGCCUUUCCCUUCCUGAUUUUCUCUUUCGGUUCUCUGAACUAUAAACCCAGCCAAAGAUUUCCAUUAGUUUGUUGCUUUCUCAUUUUGGGUUCUCAAAAAAUAAAUGGUUUUUUCUACCAAUCUCUAAAUUUUUCAAAGAUGCCAAAGUUUUUGCGUCAGUCUCCUCAGUCCUUUUCUCUUCAGGGCUGGUGAGUGUAACAUUUGUUCUUUUCUACCAUUACUACCAAGUGUUUGGAACUAAAUAUUAAUUUCUGGGCUGGUUUUUUAUUUAUUUUUUUUAUUUAUAAUUUUUUUAGAACCGAAAGCUCAGACCUUCCUAAUCUGAAUCCGGGAACGGUGUGAUAUUUUUUCAGUCUUGUUUUCCUAUUAUAAAUCUCAUUUUUUUUUUUUUUAAGGAAUUUCAUCUCCUCUAAGUAUAUUCCCAGUUUUCCUUCUCUGCAAGCCAUCAAAGUCCACAGAUUUGAUUCCUUUUCUCAACCUGGGGAUUGAGGAAAAACGCUUUGUUUUUUUCAAUCUGGGUAUUGAGGGGGGGAAAAAAAAACUCUAUAUUUGUGACCCUUUCUGCAAGAUUUUUGCGUUCACAUCUGAAAUCUUGAAUAUUUCUGCAUCUGGGUUUUCAGUGUAAUGCAAAUUGAAGGUCCAAAACAUGGCCAAUCUUGUUCCUGGUGUCCUUCUCAAGCUUCUGCAGCACAUGAACACAGACAUAAAGGUUGCUGGUGAGCACAGGUCAUCUCUAUUGCAAGUUGUGAGCAUUGUUCCGGCGCUUGCAGGUGGUGAGUUAUUCCCAAACCAAGGUUUUUACCUCAAGGUUUCAGAUUCCUCACAUGCCACCUAUGUAUCUCUCCCUGAUGAACAUGAUGAUCUCAUUCUUAGUGAUAAGAUUCAACUGGGUCAGUUUAUUCAUGUUGAGCGGCUCAAAGCGGCCUCACCAGUCCCGAUUCUUCGCGGGGUUAGGCCAGUUCCGGGGCGCCACCCAUGUGUGGGAAGCCCUGAAGAUAUUGUUGCAACUCACUCGUUGGGAUUUCUGAAUAAUAUUUCGUCUUCGGGUUUGAAACAUGAGGAGAAAGUGAAAUCACCUAAGAAAGUCUUGGGGAAUAAUCAUGUUGGGGAAAAGGAGAAGGCGAGAUUGAAUGGCAGUGUUAAAGAGGAGCAAUUGGAUAAGAAAAUGGGGUCUUUUAGUAGAUCAAAGUCACACUCAUUGAAACCGGCAUUGAAUUUGGAAGUAAAGAAGGAAUCGUUAGGGAGAUUGAAGUCAUUCAAUUCACGGUCUAUUCCUUCGUCUCCGACAAGUUGUUAUUCGUUGCCGUCUUCUUUUGAGAAGUUUGCGAAUGGGGUCAGGCAGCAGGCAGAGAUUAAGGGAGGGAAGGCAACUGCUAAAUUGGGGGUGGCGGAAAAGGGGAAUGUUAUUCGCACGGCUAGUCCCCUCCCCUCUGGGAAGAUGGUAGUGAUGGGAAACCCAAUUAGAAGUUUCGUUCAAGGGAUUGAGCUGGGGGCCAAGGCUCUGAGGAAGAGCUGGGAAGGGAAUAUGGAGGUGAAGAGUAGAGAGAAUUCUAAAUUAAGGGCCACCAAAUAUGAUUCGAAGCCCGAAGUGCGGAGUUCUACACCUAGAUUAAGUACGUCAUCAAGGAUAAGUACAUCAUCAAGAAUGAGUACAUCAAGUGAAAGGUUGCUAUCCAACGAGGAGAAUAUGGUCCAGUCAUCUGCUAGGUCAUCCAAAGGGGACAUUAAGGCUCAAAUAUCUGCAAAGAAAGUUUCUGCAAAUGGGAGUUCGGGUGAUCAAGAAAAACCAAGUAAGCAAACAACUUCUGCUGGAAAGAAAUCAUCAGGAGAACUUUCCAGUAAUGGGCUCCCAGGAAACUUGGUCAAGGUUCCCCUAAAUAGUAGAAGAUUGACAGAAGGAAGUGUUUCAUGGGCUUCUCUCCCUUCCUCUCUUGCAAAGCUUGGAAAGGAAGUAAUGAAGCACAGGGAUGCUGCACAGAUGGCAGCAGUAGAGGCUAUUCAAGAAGCUUCUGCUGCAGAGAGCUUAAUUCGAUGUCUAAGUUUAUACUCUGAGUUAAGUACCUCUGCUAAGGAAGAGAACCCACAGCCUGCAGUUGAGCAGUUCUUGACUCUUCAUGCGAGCUUGAAUAAUGCUCGCAUGGUUGCUGAUUCUCUAUCAAAAUCUAUUCCAGGCUGUAUGUCCCCAGAUGAUGAAGAAAACCUAUCAGAAGAAGCACUAAAGGUCAUGUCGGAUAGGCAAAAACGUGCAGCUUCUUGGGUCCAAGCUGCAUUGGCAACCAAUCUAUCAUCUUUUGGUGUUUUUAGCAAAGAAACUCGAGUUCCAGGUCCAACUCCAACAACUCAAAGUCAAAAGACCAUCCCAGUAAAUCAACCAGUAUUAGUCCUAGAAAAUUCUAGCAAGAAUACGUUGACAAAGACGCAAGGAAAAGCCCGGCAGAUGGUCGGUUCUAAGCUUGCACAAGGACCUCCUCGUCGGUUAGGGGACUUGCCGGCCAUGAGUCAGAAGCCUCUGGCCCAACCCCCACCAGAAUGGGUUAGAGGAAGUGGCCUGGAGGAGGCAGUUGAUUUAGGCGAGAUGUUGCAACUGCAGUCCAAGGAUUGGUUUUUGGGAUUUGUAGAGAGGUUCUUGGAUGCUGACAUGGACAACUCGGCCUUGUCAGAUAACGGUCAAAUAGCGGGGAUGUUGAGUCAGCUGAAGAGUGUGAACGACUGGCUGGACGAUAUUGGAUCAAGCAAGGUUGAAGGAGAAUCAUCCAAUAUUUCAGCAGAUACAAUUGAGAGGUUAAGGAAGAAGAUAUAUGAGUAUCUGCUUACGCAUGUUGAAUCAGCUGCUGCUGCACUAGGUGGUGGUGGUGGUGGUUCACAAUCCUCAACAACAGAAACAAAAGUUAGAAGGUGACGUCGUUUUUUAAGCUUGGAUAUGGUGUCUGCAAUUCAUCAAAGUGGUAUCUGUGGCCGUUUACCGCCAAGUGGUCACACAAGUUGAGUAUAUUUAUUCCUGUGCAUAUAUUGUCCGUGGGUUUGGGGGGCGUAUAGAUGGAGUACUUACUAUUUAACAGGGAAAGCAUUUGAUGAAAGGAACAUGCUCUUUCAUUUCUUUUCUUUUCUUCUCUUCUAUUUUUGCUUUUUUUUCCUUCUUUUUUUAACUUCGUUGGAAACUACAUAAAAGAUAAUGAAAAAGAACAUUGAACAUGAACAUUCCAGCC